AAAGUAGGUUUCUCAAAUGAAAAUGAAAAAGGCGGAAAAAAAGAAACCCGUUCCAUCUUCUUCCUAUUCCACUUGCAGACGCCGACCACCACAGCCCCCCCUGUUCGGUGCCUCGGUCUUCUUCUCCGGCGAGCAUCAGUCGACAUGUAAAUGUUGGCACUCACUCACUGUCUUUCGCUGGACCACCAGGCUGCGCCAUCCACGCGUUGACAACGUUACCCACACAACAAACAAACCCACGCAGUUGAGAAGCGUUUCUCCUUCUCUGGCGGCUCUGCAAACCCACAUCGACGAUCAAGUUCCUCCGGAAUCUGACUCGAGUAGACACCCACAUAGAUAGACGCCGAGCGUUCUUCUCUGGUGAUCCAGUUACUCGCCAGCGGUGCUUUAACCUACAUAUCUGACUUGCAUCGUGAGCACGACUUCGAUUGGCUUCGCUGAGGCCGUUGCAACAUUGUUUCUCUCCUUUUCGACGAGCUUUGACAUUGACCCGCAUUCGGGUUGGCCUCAAGUCAAUCUACCCAUAAUGUUAGAGGUUCGGAUGCUUUGGAACACCAACCAACAUGGUUAAGGGCAUUUUUGGCUUUCUAAGAAGGUGAUGCUUCUUCAAGGAAGUGGAUUUUCAGAUUGAGAAGUGUAGGUUGUCAAUCGAGGUGAUAAUUCUGAGUGCAGUGAAGUUUGGCAUUCUGGCGCAAGACAUCAAGGGAUGGUUAUCUUAGGAUUUGAUAAUUUGACAUAGAAAUUGUUUGUAGUAACUUGCUUUCGCUGAUUUGUGUAAGUUGUAAAAGUUUAUAAUAUUAAUGUUUCCACAUUAUUGUUUUAAUAACUAUAUUGAAAAAGACGGGCCGUUACAUUAACAGUUUCUCCUCCGGUAUUUGAAGCAGUUCAAAGUUUGCUUAUUGAAGCUAUGAGUCCUGUGAAGUUGACCCUUCGGUGUCCUUCUAAGGUUGGUCAAGUUACAGUUGACCCAGAUCCUGAUUUUAGCUUUGAUGAUUUGCGAGCGGAACUUCAUUACUUGGAGGAGAGGUUAAAGAUAUCCACGAUGCCUUUCAAGAAAACAUGUUCACGAGACUUCCCUAUCACAAAAACUACGAAGAGAAGCUCCAAGCCUUUUGUAAUGGGAGUGUAUGAGGAUGAACUAAAUGAAAUAUUUAGUGAUGAAGUGUUUUGUGACCCAAGUUCAAAUGCUAAGCGCUUCAAUUGUGAUGGAAUUUUUCUCAGUGAUAGUGAAGAUUCUGACGAUGAAUCAACUCUUGAAGCACAAGCCUACCUGAAGGAGGACGUGGAUUUAGUGGAAAGUUCUUUAGCUCAGCUAACACAUGAUCAUAUGCUUAAUAUAAAGGAGGAAAUCAGGAACCAACUCGGAAGGUUGGAGACCGACCUUACUACUUUAAAUGAAAAGUCAAGUGCUGCAAUCUCUCAAAUUGAGAAAUACUAUGAGGCAAGACGAGAAGCUGACCGGAGACUUGAUACUCAAUAUCAACGUGAGAUUGCCGAAGGCCUUGAUAAGUACUUGACAACUGUUCAACAUCAUCACGAACAAAUAUCACAAAGAGAAGAAAGAAAAAUAAGAAUUGAUGCAGCUUUUGAGGAAGCCAAAAGAAAGGAGAAGGCCAUUCUAGAAGAUAAAAAGCGUCAAGAAAAGGUUAAAGCAGAAGCUGAGGCAAAAGCCAAAGCUGAGGCGGCAAUGAAAGAUGCCAUAGAAGCUGAGAGGAGAGCAAUGAAAGAAGCAGCUGAAAGUGAAGCCGCUGAAAACUUUAAAAAAGUUGAUAUUGUACAAGUGCAAGAAACUAUGGUUGGGGCGCUAACUACCAAACCAGUAAACUCAGUCGGCCAACCUAAAGAAGCUGCUCCGAAAGGAUCAUAUGUGUCAAGAUCACCAGAUAGCAUGGUUAGAGCCUCAAAAAGUGCUUUGACUUUAGAGCCGGAGAGACUACAAAAACUUAAGGAGAUAGAGGAGGGAAACCAAGCAUUGAGAUUGAGUUCAAAUAAGGAUUUUAGCACCCAUGAAAAGCAUAUUGCUAGGCUAAUCAAACAAAUAGGGGGGACAAAAGAGAACGUCAGAACAAAAACUAGUGAAAUUCUCAAGAUUUUCAUGGCUCCUCUUUGUCCGCAAACUAUUAGCAUUGCAGCAUUUGCAAAGAAGAUCGUUUCUCAAUGUGAAAGUCCACAUGAUGCAUUUGCACUGAGUCAUGUUAUUGUUCUUGUUACCUCACAGGUCCCAAGUGCUAUGGUUCUUGUUCUUGCAGAGUUCCAUAGAGCUUGCAUCUACACAGUUCCGAAGCACAUACAAUAUUCAGCGGCUGCAUUUGAAUCCAAAGAGUCAUAUUACAAAACUAUUGGAUUUCGAGAGGACAAUGGAAAAAUGGAGAGUGUUGAGAAUUAUUUGAUGCGGCUAGAAGCAUACAUGAAACUAUAUGGGGCAUUGAUUCAGACAGAAGUUCCUGGUGUCCGCAACUUACAUGGUCUUGAGGAAGGUUGGGCAUGGCUAGCAAGAUUUCUAAAUGCGGUUCCCCCCAAUACAUAUACUGCAGCCUCGCUCAAUGCGUUCUUAAAAGUAGCAGGGUUUGCACUGUUUAGAAAAUAUAAAUCCCAGUUCAGGAAGCUUUUGAACAUCAUCUCUGACAACUUCCUGAGUGCGCUAAGAGGAAAAGGGAACUCACAUUUGAAUCAUAUAAUAUUGGACAUUGAAUCCUAUUUGGAAGACCGAAGAUUCCUUCAAGAACCAGAAGGAAGAACCUUGGUGGGGGGUUCCUUGGCGUCCUGGGAUGCGGUUCCAGAGCCAGAGUACACGCAAGAUUCAUACGGCCAUUCAAGUAAUUCAUAUUUUUAUUGAUACUCUCCCUCCUGUAUACACUUUUAUUAUUAGUUUAGCAGAGGAAAUGUAACGCUGCCUAUUUAGCCUUGUCGUAUCAUUUAUAACUUUGGCAUUCUUCAAUACAAAAGAAAAUUUCAGCAA